AUGUACCGGACUGUGGCCACAGCCACCACUGCAACCCGGGGUGGAUCUCCAACUGAUAAUGGGGAUUGUGUUGUGAGUUUGGAUCAAGUUCCUCGAUGGAGCAAUGCAGAUCAUCGUUCUUCCUUGGAAUAUGACAAUGAAGAUCCUUCGUUUUCAAAUAAAUAUUUUCCUGACCCUUUAACUUCUCAAUCUGGAGGGGAGAGCAGUAGCAGUUGGAUAGUCUCAAGAUUUCCCGUUGACCAUGAAAUUAAUUCGAAGAUAUAUCUGUGGAGAGGGAACCCAUGGAAUCUGGAAGUUGAUGCUGUCGUGAAUUCUACAAAUGAGAACAUGGAUGAAGCACAUUGCAGCCCUGGUUUGCAUGCUGCAGCUGGACCUGGUCUUGCAGAAGAAUGUGCAGCACUGGGUGGAUGUAGAACAGGAAUGGCAAAGGUUACUAAAGCGUACGACCUCCCAGCUAGGAGAGUUAUCCAUACUGUUGGUCCUAAGUAUGCAGUGAAAUACCAUACUGCUGCAGAAAAUGCUCUGAGCCACUGCUAUCGUUCUUGCCUUGAACUUCUCAUUGAAAAUGGACUGCAAAGCAUUGCAAUGGGCUGUAUAUAUACAGAGGCUAAGAACUACCCUCGGGAGCCAGCUGCCCAUGUAGCAAUAAGGACUGUGCGGCGAUUUCUGGAGAAGCAGAAAGAUAAAAUCGCAGCUGUUGUUUUUUGCACCACCACAUCAACUGAUACAGAGAUAUACAAAAGAUUGCUUCCGCUUUACUUUCCCCGAGACAAACUUGAAGAGGAGGUUGCCAUGUCGAAGCUUCCUGCAGAUGUAGGUGAUGAAAAUGGUGAGACAAUUAUAGAUGAGCGCAAAAUCAGAAUAAAGCCUUUGCCCAAGAAGAAUAUUCCAAAGCCUCCUAAGGCUCCAGUUGAUCUUCCUGUGAGUGAUGUUGGCUUGGUAAGAAGGAAUUCAUCAUAUUUGGAUUCAUUUCUGGAUCCUGCUUUCAUGUCCUUAAUAAAAGAUCCAGAUCAGAGACGCAAGGAGCAAUGGGAGAAAACUGCUCAAGCACAAGGUGGAUGGAAUUGUGCUAAAAUGCUUGGGUUUGGCGACCUUGGUGGACCUCCAUUGUCUGCUGCAGAAGAAUACUCACUUCAUUCAAGAUACCUUGCUAAAGCAAAUUCUCUUCAUCUUUCUGAAAUUGCAGAAAUGAAAAUUGUUUACCGAGGUGGGGUUGACAGCGAGGGUCGUCCAGUAAUGGUAGUUGUGGGGGCACAUUUUCUUUUACGAUGUCUUGAUCUAGAACGAUUUAUACACUAUGUUGUUAAGGAGUUUGAACCUAUAAUACAGAAGCCUUAUACUAUUGUAUACUUCCAUUCUGCAGCAUCUUUACAGCUUCAGCCAGACUUGGGGUGGAUGAGAAGAGUACAACAAAUACUUGGUCGUAAACACCAACGUAAUCUGCAUGCAAUAUAUGUCCUUCACCCAACUUUUGGACUGAAGGCUGCAAUAUUUGCUCUGCAAUUGUUUGUGGACAAUUUGGUCUGGAAGAAAGUGGUAUAUGUAGAUAGAUUACUGCAGCUCUUCAGAUAUGUUCCUCGUGAGCAGUUGACCAUCCCAGACUUUGUGUUCCAGCACGAUUUAGAAGUCAAUGGUGGGAAGGGUCUUAUUGUGGACCCAAGAACAAAGUAUGUGUAUCAUCGACCAUAG